AUUCGCUCCUUUAAAAGACAAAUACAGUUAUUUACCAUUAAGCCAUUUACCCACGGCGGAGGGCUUCUGUUUGCAACUAUAUGUGCGCUGCCAGGUGGAGCCAACAUUUGAAGAGUACCUCUCCAACACUGUUUGUUAGUUAUCUGAAGUGGGAUUUUGGAAAGUGGCAUCAUGCCAUACUUCACCACAUUGUGUGUCUACUUUUUGAUGGUCCUGAACCCAGUUAUGACAAACACCUUCACCGAGGACAUAGAGGUUUUGGUAUUUUUGCCAAAAAAUAACUCCUUCCUGUUCUCAAACGCAAGAGUCGCACCAGCGAUCGAUUACGCACAACAGAGGAUGAAGGCAGACGGGGGCCAGUACUCUGGGUUCCGCUUCAACAUCCAAUUUGAGAACUCCGACUGUGUCAAUGAUGCGCUGUUUGCGUUGCUGGACAGAUCGUGUAGUCAGAAGCCGGAUCUGAUCCUGGGUCCGGUGUGCGAGUACGAGGCGGCGGCGGUGGUGAGGCUGGCAUCCCACUGGGAAAUCCCGGUGAUCUCAGCAGGUGCCCUGGCCACCGGCUUCGGAGACAAGAAGACCGAGUUUUCCCACCUGACUCGCAUCGCCCCGUCCUACGUGAAAAUGGCAGAGACGUUCACCGCGAUGUUCAAGCAUUUCACAUGGAGCAGCGCGCUGCUGGUCUACGAAGACGACAAGAAGGAGCGGAACUGUUUCUUCACUUUGGAAGGAGUCUAUCAUCUCAUGGAGGACUACAGUAUUAAAACAUACCAGUUUUCAGAAGACCAGCCCUUAAACGUUGACGACAUCCUCCAGAACGUCUAUGACAUUGAAGUGAUGAUCAUGUGUAUGGGAGCAGACAAAAUACGAGAGAUUAUGCUGGCUGCACAUAGACGACAGUUAACUAGCGGCAAUUAUAUGUUUUUUAAUGUUGAGCUCUUCAAUUCCUCUACUUAUGGGAAUGGCUCAUGGAAGAGAGGAGAUAAAUACGACAACGAUGCGAGGCAAGCCUAUGCUUUUCUGAACACUGUGACACUGCUCAGGACAGUCAAGCCUGAGUUUGAGAAUUUCCUUAUAGAAAUGACAAAAUCCAUCGAAAAAAACGGGCUUAAUGACUGCAAAGACUGUGGAAAUGUCAACAUGUUUGUUGAGGGAUUCCAUGAUGCCAUGUUGCUGUAUGCGAUCGCCUUGCAUGAAGCCAUGAAAAGUGGAUACAGCAAGAAGAAUGGAACAGAGAUAACGUCACGCAUGUGGAACAGAACAUUUGAAGGCAUUGCUGGCCAGGUAUCCAUGGAUGUUAAUGGUGACAGAAACGGCGAUUUCUCUUUGAUGGCCAUGACCAAUGUUGAGGCAGGAACCUACGAAGUGGUGGCCAACUACUUUGGUGUAAAUGAAACUUUUCAGCUGCUGCCUGCCUUUAAUAUUGACCAUUUCACUCUGAGGGGAAGACAUAAAACUCACCCAGAGAAGCCAGAUAAAUCAUGUGGACUCGGAGUAUCGGCUUUGACUGGAGUUAUAGUCGGAGCUGUUCUUGGAACUGUAAUGCUUAUAGCAUUCUACUUUUUCAGGAAAAACUACAGGAUUACAAUUGAGCGCCGCACCCAUGGUCAAGAGUGUGACUCUGGGAAGCACCGUCAACUGCGAGAGGACUCCAUCAGAUCGAAUUUCUCGGCAGCAUAAUCAACAGCAGUGACAAUAUCUUCACAGAAAAUCUCACAUCUGAAUGUGACCAAAGACUUUGCAGUGGUUGUCAGUGGACCCUUCCUUGCUGUUAAAAAUGAGACAUUGUGUUUUUGUAUCCUUUAAUGUAUUGACUUAUUAUAACUCAGGACGGUUCUAACAGUCACAAGGCACCACUUUCUUAGAUUUUCCACCACGCAAAGAUGUAUGAUUGUAUGGUAUAUGGAAAUAUUUGGCUCUAAUAUUCUUUAGGAUUUUAUUUUAUUAAUUUUUUUAAAGAUGGUGUUUACUGUGACUGUGAAUGAUUCAGAACAGACAGUAUAUCUAACAUUACAUUGGCAUGCACUCGAAGAGUGUGGAGAUCUACUUUUGCCUUUCAGGUUGACAGUCAUGUUUAGGAGUGGUAGACAAAGCUUUGAGGAAAUUAUAAAGCUGAAGCUAAAGGAAUGUAAACUAAAUCUAUAGACCUGUAGGCUGUUUGCUACUGAUAAUAAGCUACUGAUAUUUUAAGGUUCAGUUACCUACCUUGCUAUGAUCCAGUAGCCUCGAUACAAGUCUUGUUGUAUUAAUACAUUUUAAUGGCGCAUAUUGCCCCUUCUAUGCUUUACAUUGGCUCAUUUACAGUAUUUCUUGUUUAAAUUUGACUGGGCAAUGAAUUCAGUUACUACCUGCAAAAUAAUUACGGUUUGGCUUUCUGAUACAGUAUAUUUUACAAAGUGUUCUUUAUUAUCGAUAAUAAAUUAUUCACUAGUACUUUGCAGAACAUUCGUUUUGGCUAAAUAGCUAGUUGUACUUCCAAUCAAGUACAAGAAAACUAAAAUGCAUUACUAAUUGCAUAAUAUUGUGAUCAUUCUGGCUUUUGGUGCCAUCAGCUAUGUUCAUAACAUAGUAAACACCAUUGAGAUCUUAUCAGUUAUUCUGGUGAGUAUUGUUAUCGUAACUAAUGGGACUGAUGGCCAGAAGUAAAAUAGUAGUAAACUAGAAGUAUCACCUUGCAACUGUAUACACCUGCCAGACAGACAAGUUGCAGUUUACAUCUACAUCUGUCCAGACUUGACUUCAGUUCUUUUGGAGGUAAAAGGUCAUCACUUAAUUUGUGUGAAAUUUGGCCAUAAUAAGCAAUGAAGUCUUUAGGUGUGGCUAAAAAUGUGUUUUGUGAGGUCAUUAAUGUUUGACCACAAAUUGACCACAAAACAAGACUAUGAUGCAUGAAAUUAGGGAUUGAAAACCUGGAAUCAUAAUGUUUCUGGCCUCAACUGUUGCCAACACAGAGGUAUAAAAAUAUA